AGACACACUGGCAUUGAAAUGAGCCACUGCAAGACAGUGUACAGGAAGACUGCUGUAAGGGCCGCCAUGCUGAGGAGAGGCAGGAAUGGCCGGGCUCUGCAUUUGGCCUGGAGUGAACCACGGCAAGAGACAGAUGUCAUGGCAAUGAUCCAGACAUCAGACACGGAAGAGUGGGAGGGACAGACGAGGCCACAGAUCAGUGACUUGGAGCCUGAGGUGGAUUACCUGACCGGUUCUCCGGCCGUUUCCGAGUUGGAGGCCCUGCCCGGCACGGUACCGGUGACGGGGGAGUCUUUCUGCUCCUGCGACCGACCGGAAGAGCUCAGCGCAGGUUUCGGUGUCAUCAGCGACUGCCUGUGCGGGGAGGAGGAUCAGGGUUUCGACUGGGUGUGGGACGAGCACUGUAAGUCCUCUGGAGCCUUCCUCAGCUGCGACAACAGGAAGGUGAGCUUUCACUCCGACUACAGCUGCGGCACUGCAGCCAUCCGCGGCACCAAGGAGCUCACAGACGGACAGCACUACUGGGAAGUUAAGAUGACUUCUCCCGUCUAUGGAACCGAUAUGAUGGUGGGAAUUGGAACUUCAGAGAUGAACCUGGAGAAGUUUAAAUACAACUUUGGCAGCCUGCUGGGCCACGAUGAAGACAGCUGGGGGCUCUCCUACACAGGUCUGCUCCAGCACAAAGGGGACAAAGUGAAGUUUUCCCCUCGGUUUGGUCAAGGCUCGAUCAUAGGAAUGCACCUGGAUACAUGGCACGGCACCCUGACCUUCUACAAGAAUCGGCACUGCAUAGGUGUCGCUGCCACCAGGCUGCAGAACAAGAAGUUCUACCCCAUGGUUUGUUCCACAGCAGCCAAGAGCAGUAUGAAGGUGAUCCGUGCCUGCUUCACUCCCACCUCCCUGCAGUACCUCUGCUGUGCCCGACUGCGCCAAGCGUUGCCCUGCUGCCCGGACAUGCUGGAGGCUCUGGAGCUGCCCCCGGGCCUGCACAGCCUCCUCCAGACUCAGCUGGGCUGGGUCUUCACCCUCAACAGUGGCCCUGAAACCCCGGAGCAGCAGAAACACUUUCCCGAGGACUUCCAGGAGGAGAUGAGCCUGCCUUCGAGCCCCAGCCCCAUCCCCAGCCCGGUGUCCACCCUGAGUGCCUGCGCCUCCCCCAGCCCCUGCACCAGCCCGCUCCCUGACACCAUCUCAUACUGUUGCGCCUGCCAGAUGUCACCUCAGACUCAUUCCAGCACCUGCCAAUGCCCUCCAACUCCCCCCAGCAGCGACUACGAUAGCUGCUGCUCCGAGCCUGAGGAUUACAAAUGCAAAAGAUGCCGCUGGACAUGACGGCCGUUCUCCCUUUGCCAUCAAUGUCAAUCUUAUCUUUUAGCCAAUGUUUGAAUGGAUCGAUGGUUCUCUAUCGUUUAUCAUCCAAGCAAAUAAUCACUGAAUGUGAAGAAAGAAGCGAGUGUGUAGCGUGAGACUUUUAAUGCAAUUAGGGCGACAGCUUCCCUCGUUCUCAUUUUAGCCAAUUUCUAACACUUGACUAAUAAGAGUCACUUUGUUUUGUUCUGAUUUAUUGUUUCAUUGUUAAAAUAUGUCAGUCGCUGUCUUUGCAAAGCCAACACUAUAAGCAAAUUAGACUGACCAAAAAAAAAAAAGAAAUGAAUAAUACUGGAAUACUUGUUAAGGAGUGCACUUGUUUUCUCACGAGGAGGAAAGAAGCUGCUUUUUGAUACUGUGAAACUGACUUUUUGUAAAUGUGUUUUGCAAUCAGCAAAUAUCAACAGUGUUUGUGUUUUUGCUCAUAAGAUGAUUUGCUACUCAGCAGUGUGUUUUUUUUAAUUAUUAUUCACAGUUAUGCUUUUGUUAUUGAACUUUCUUACUCAGGCAAUUCUAUAAAAUAAAAGAAAAAUGAAAA